GCGGCCGCGGCGGCGGGAGCCGGAUGCUCUCGGGCUCCGUGCGGCUCCAGCCGUUUUCCUCCCUGGUGCAGCGCCAACGCGCCCCCGCGGGAGAGGGAGACCCACGGCGCUUAGCUGGAGAACUCUGCUGUCUCAGUCUAGGGGCUCUUCCGGAGAAAGCCAAGUGCCCCCAGGUGAAGCCGGUGUCCCAAAACGGCCCGGGAACGCCGGCCGCCAGCUUGCACCUUUCGGGAACCGCGACCGCCGAGCCUUUUCCAGCGCCUGCAAAGCCGGGCGCGCGGGGGAGUGGUGUCCACCUCGUGGGAAGGGGCGACGGGGACACCGAGGAUGGACGCGCGGAGCUGGCGCGCGGGGUGUUGCUGUCUCCUGCUCCUGGCCCUGGUUGGGUCUCCUCGGAGCGAGGGAACGCAGAGCUGCGAAGAAGUUCGGAAACUUUUCCAGUGGCGCCUGGUGGGAGCCGUCAAGGGGCUCCCGGAUUCGCCGCGGGCAGGAUCUGAUCUUCAGGUUUGUGUAUCCAAAAAACCUACAUGUUGCAGCAGGAGGAUGGAGGAGAGAUACCAGAUUGCAGCUCGUCAAGAUAUGCAGCAAGUGCUUCAAACAUCCAGUUCAACAUUAAAGUUUUUGAUAUCGCGAAAUGCUGCAGCUUUUCAAGAAACGCUUGAAACUCUCAUCAGACAGGCAGAGAAUUACACCAGUAUACUCUUCUGCAACACCUACAGGAACAUGGCCCUAGAGGCUACAGCUUCAGUUCAGGAGUUGUUCACUGAUGUGGGGCUCUAUUUAUUUGGCGCAGACAUUAAUCCUGACGAAUUUGUAAACAGAUUCUUUGACAGCCUUUUCCCUCUAGUCUACAAUCACCUCAUUAACCCUGGUGUGACUGACAGUUCCCUGGAAUACUCGGAAUGCAUCCGGAUGGCCCGCCGGGAUGUUAGACCAUUUGGUAAUAUUCCCAAAAGAGUAAUGGGGCAGAUGGGGAGAUCGCUGCUGCCGAGCCGCACGUUUCUGCAGGCGCUGAAUCUGGGCAUUGAAGUCAUUAAUACCACAGACCAUCUGCACUUCUCCAAAGAGUGCAGCAAAGCCCUCCUGAGGAUGCAGUACUGCCCUCACUGCCAGGGCCUGAUUCUCAGUAAGCCUUGCAUGGGCUACUGCCUCAAUGUCGUGAGAGGCUGCUUGGCACACACGGCAGAGCUGAAUCCACACUGGCACGCAUACAUCCGGUCACUGGAGGAGCUAUCAGAUGCUAUGCACGGAACGUAUGACAUUGAACAUGUGCUCCUGAACUUCCAUGUGCUUGUGAAUGAUGCUGUAAUGCAGGCUCACCUGGAUGGACAGAAGUUAUCAGAACAGGUCAGUAAGAUUUGUGGCCGUCCAAUCAGAACAGCUACACAAAGCCCCCGUUGUUCUUUUGAUGGAAGCAAAGAGAAGCAUGGGAUGAAGAUCUCUCCUAGGAAUGAUGAAGAGACACUUGCCAACGGAAGAAAAGAAUUUAUCAACAGCCUUCGACUGUACAGGACAUUCUAUGGAGGCCUGGCUGAUGAGCUUUGUGUAAAUGAAUUAGCCGCUGCUGAUGGGCUGCCGUGCUGGAAUGGGGAAGAUAUAGUAAAAAGCUAUACAGAGCGUGUGGUUGGAAGUGGAAUCAAAGCCCAAUCUGGAAAUCCUGAAGUCAAAGUCAAAGGAACUGAUCCUGUGAUAAAUCAAAUUAUUGAUAAACUGAAGCAUGUUAUUCAGUUGUUACAGGGUAGGUCACCCAAACCUGACAAGUGGGAACUCCAAAUGGGCAGUGGCGGUGGCAUGGUUGAACAGGUCAGCGGGGACUGUGAUGAUGAAGAUGGUUGUGGGGGAUCAGGAAGUGGAGAAGUCAAGAGGACACUAAAAAUCACAGACUGGUUGCCAGAGGAGAUGAACCUCAGUGAUGUAAAGCAGAUCCAUCAGACGGGUGGAGGUAGUACUUUAGAUACAACUGCAGCAGGAUGUUCAGCAGCGACAGAAACUACAGCAUUUAUACUGAUGGGUGUAGUAAUGUUACUUCCUUGGCUUUGGUAACUGAACUCUUCCACCUGAUAUACUGACCUUAUUGGAGUUGUGAUUUCUCCCAUAUUCAUCUGAUUAGAAUAAGAUAUCUUUUGAAUGCAACAAUUAUAUUUAUGAAAAGGUAUGUCACACUAACUUCUUAUAAGCCAAGUGGGAAUGUUCACAAAGCAUCUAAAAAUGAUAGACUGUUUGAAAACACGUCUUCUAGGAUUCUAACUUAAAUCUUCUUAAAGUCUAACACAUUAAACCUGCAAAUGUGAAAAGCACAGAAGCAACUUUGAAUAAGAAGGAUUUAGUAUAUCUAUAAUUUUACUAUCUUUGAUUCUAAACCCUUUUCUUUAUAAAAGAAAAAUGUCUUAAGUUAAAAGUGUAUUUGCAGAACAAUGAAAACAGCACAUAGUGUUUCUUAAAAUACUGAAAUUAGAAUUCCAUUAAAUGAAUCAAAAUAAAUGAUGGCAAAUAGUAUGCAUGAAUUGUCAAGAGAUUCUUCCAUUUUUGCAAGCUAUAUGAAGAAAUUACUUGAAGUCUGUAAGUUAUAGAGUAGAUUGUUGAGGAGCAUUUCAUGUAAUUUCAUUGAGGAAGCUUGAUAAAUUUUAUCCACUGUAACUUAGCCACUGACAAACCUUAAGCAGAGUAUUUUGGUAACAUCUUAGCUUUGUUCCAUUACAUUCAAGAUGCAUCUUUCGUAUUGUGGCUCUUUUCUCUGUCUUUGCCUAAUGGAUUUAGCCAUGUUGCAAACACACACUUGCUCUGGGAAUAUCUCUAAGAAAGCCAUUAAUUAUUUAGUAGAAAACUUGCAGCGUGAUAUAUUCAUUCAUCCAUCCUCAAAAUAUUAUUUGCUAUUUUUUAAAUCUUGAUAUUAAACAAUUGACUACCUAUACAUUUCUAAGGUUCCUAUGAAUAUCUAAGACAUGUACUAAUACAGAAAAUAUAGCAUAUAGUGUUUUAGCUCUUUUCCUAUUGCACAUAAGCAGAGCUGCUAAUCCACAGUCCCUGAUUUCCCAGUUGUGAUAAGAUGCCUCAGCAGACCUCAAUUAGGAUCGGUCUAUCGUUGUACUUAAGAAGAAAGAGAUAAGUCAGCUUUUAUUAAGAAGUAUCACAUCCAGUUAGUAGCCAGAAAUUAUUAUUAAUACAAAGGGACAGAAUUGAAAAGAGAGAUGCUGAAUUUGAAAUUUUAAAAAAAAAAUCAAAAAGAUUUGAAAUGAUCUCUCAGGAAAAGUCAAAGAGGACUCAAUUGACAGCAAAUAUUUGUAAGGUGCAAUCAAUCUCUCCAAAUCAGGAAACUGUACAUGAUCAAACCAUGUUGUCUCGAGGGUUUUAAAUUAACCGAAUAAUCUUACAAUGGUCAAUUUAAACUAUGCUAUGUUUAAACUGCCAAAUCAGAUUUUAUUGCCUGUUUAAAUAGACCUCAAAACUGUAAGUGUUAUUCUACCUGCCAGGUCUGGCUGUCAUUUUCUUAGGCUUCCAUUCCAGAUCUUAAUAUUUAUUCCAUGAUCUACUUGGUUUACACUCAUUUGCACCACCACGCUCCACAAAUUAUAAACUUAAACAUAUAUUUAUCUAAUCUUUAUUUUAAGCUCAGCUUGUUAUUUAAAUAACAGUGAAUAUGAAGUCACCCAUUUGUGACACUCCUGCCCAAGUCAUGGUUGGUUUGUUCUGGCAAAACUUCUUUCCCAACCUUACAGGAAUUUGGAAGACAAACUGAAGGUCAUAGUUCAGCAGACUAAGAUGUUUCCAGAUUAAAUAACAUUAUAGGAGAUAAUGUUAGAUGUGGCAUAAAAGCAGAAUGGUAACAAAGUCAAUAGUAUAAACAAUAUUUUGAAUCAACUCAAUUUUACAUCCUUAAGCUGGUGUUGUCUACCUCCAGGUAGGCACUUUGGACCAUACAUAUCACAACAGUGCUACUCUAGCUUAAAACACAUGUAGGCUUUUAGGAUUCCUUUAAGAGCCUGAGGCAUAUUUUUCUAAAAUUCUCAAUGAGGAUAUUCAUUCCUUAAUACUCUACUCCAUAGCAUUGGACAUUUGCACAGCUCUUUAAUUUAAAAUCUUUUUCAAACGGAAUAAAUGGAAUAUCCCAUUUGACAUUCCUCACCCCUCAAGGAUGAGCUCAAUUUUUAGCCAAAUAAAAACAGUAACACUGAGGAUUUUUUUAAAAUAUGGCUCAGAAUUUGUUUCUGCAGUCUUCCAUAAGUCUAUAAAGCUUUGAGCAAUGGUAAGAUUGUUGAAUAUGUGUCUACUUUCUAAGAUGACUUAAAGGAUAACAUUCAAGUAAGUAUAUAUAUUUUAAAAUAUCACUUACAUCUUUAUAGUCAUAUCUUAUGCUUUGAUCCUUUAAAACAAAGACUUUUUCUUAAAUCUGUUAUUUUUAAUAAAUUUAAGUGAUCUUGGAACAGUCUAGUGUUUUGCAUGUAUUAGAGAAGAAUCUGUUAAUGAGCUAACAUUUAUGUGGCCCUUCCUCUCCAUAGCACUGUGAUCAGUGUUUUUUAUGCACAAUCUCCUUUGGUCCUCCCAAUAACAUUAUCACCUCCACUGAACCAAUGAGGAAAGUGAAGCUUACAAAUAUUGUAGUAAUUUGUCUGGUAUUAUACAACCUAUUACAGUAGAAUCAGAUGGGUGCAUAUAAAGGUCUCUAAAUAAACUAUAAACAUUUCUGGUUCAAAGAUAGGAUAGCUCUGGAAUAGUAGUUAAGAAUCAUGAGGAUAGCAUAAAAAUUAUUGAGAGGUAAUGUAAACCUCCAAACUAGGAUUUAAAAAACAAAUUCAAUUGACUAUAUAAUUAUAAAACUGCAUAUUAAUGCAAAAGCACUUUGAAAAGGAAAUGUUAACAUGGACUUUUUUCCAGUAAUGCUCUCCUACAUGUAGAAAACCCAUUCAAACACAUCAACCCCCAAGAUAAAUCAGCUACCAAACAUGGGAAAGAAAAUACACAAGCUUUACAAGUAAUAUGGAAUCCUGAAAUUCCAUUUCUGUGCAGCUGAAGAGUAUAAAAUAUUUCUUUAGCUGUAAGGCACAGAAGGGCAUAAAAAAUAGCAAGGAAGGCAGGAAGAAAGGUAGGAAAGAUGGAAGAAAGACACAGAGAAAGGCAAGCAGGCAGUAGCAGAGUAUUAAAGUCCUAGAUUUGCCUUUUUAUCCUCUAUUUGUUCAGGAAUGUCUUAUCAAUGAAAUAAUGUCUGAAGUGUUCUCUUGUCAUUAAAGGAUAGAAGUUAAUAAGCUAUUUCCUCCCAAAUACUCAGAUUUCUCUGAAGUGCUCAAUGAUGAUGCUUUGAAAGGGACUCAAUUAGCUUAGUGCUAAUUGUUUUCAAUCACUUAAAAUAUUGUUUCUAUCAUCAGAACCCUUCAGGUACAAUAAAAGUUGUUUCUUCUUGAGUGAAGGAGUUCAUCCUAGACUUCUGUUAUUCUAUGAGAUAUUCACAGGGCAAUCUGUGAUAUCCAGUAUUUCUCUAUGUUGCAAACUUUAGUAGCCUAUAUAAUUACAUGGGUUCUAUGAAAAUUCAGAAAUCAUUCUUAAUGUUGUCAGGUAUGACUUUGGGCAUAUCAACUUUUUCUUUAAAUAAAGAUUGUUGUAUAUUAUUUCUGAUUAAAAUAUAGAUAAAACAUUUCUCAA